AUGCCAGUAGACUUCUACGUGUGCACUGUUAGUGGCUCUUGGUACAUCCAACCAAUAUACGAUUUCAGUUCAUGUUUGCUGCAACAUGUCCACGGUUACAGUGGUGAUGGCAUCCGUUAUCCUGGUCUUUUGCACGUUGAUGUUUGCUAUAGGUUUCCCAGGGACAAAGUUACUCUAGAUAUUGACUACCAGUUUCUAUGGGGAUCGGCGUUGUUAAUUUCACCUGCCGUUUUCAAGGGGCAGACUGAGAUUAAAGCAUAUUUUCCAAGUGGAAACUGGUUCGACUUUUAUACGGGAAAGAAGAUUAAGUCAGCUGGAGGCCGCCACAUUUCAUUGGAAGCUCCCAUGUACAAAAUCAAUCUUCAUAUUCGUGGAGGACACAUACUUCCUCUCCAGCAGUGCAAUCUCACGAUUAAAGACAGGUAAAAAUUA